ACGGCACACCGUCGCUUGCCAAAAUAAAGAUGGCGUCGGCUGAUUCGCAGUCGCGGUUCGGUCAGUCUGUAAAAGGCUUAUUAUCUGAUAAAGUUGGCUCUUGUAGCGGGGAUGUGAUUGCUCUGACCCGCCAGGUGUUGAAGGGAUCCCGCAGCCAAGAGCUUCUGGGGCAAGCAGCCAGAAACAUGGUCCUUCAGGAGGACGCCAUUCUGCACUCUGAAGAUAGUCUGAGAAAAAUGUCUAUAAUCACCACACAUUUACAAUACCAGCAGGAGGCCAUUCAGAAAAAUGUGGAGCAUUCCAAAAACCUCCAGGACCAGCUGAGCCACCUGCUGAAGUGAGCGGGACAUAAACUGUCUGGAGGUCCAGUGCUGGCCCGACGGGACGCUCGGCGUCGGACAAACUCAAAGCUUCUGCAGGAUUUUGAGAUCCGGUUGUUCUCAGACGUUCACACCCACUCAUGAUUAGCGUGAAUGUUAGCAUCCAUUGUUUUGUUUUUUAGAUGUUUUAUUUCCCCAGGAUGAGCUCAUUGUACAAUGAAUAUAAGGUUCGAUGAUUUCAAAAACAAGAUUUAAGUGCACAAGUUUGGAUUUCGUGUGAAACACAGGAUCCAAUAUAAACAGCAACUAAUAUUUGGGUAAAUGUUCCUUAGCGAGCUGCACCACAGGGUUUCUGCUUUUACUCUGGCUGCUGUUUGACCACUUCUCUCUCUUUGAGACUCGCCUCUGUUCAAGAAAUCCACUCCACAGUUUGCAGCCAGCUAGCAGAGCCAGGAAUCACUUCUGGAGUUAUUUCAGCAGACAGCAUUAGAGCCAUCUGCUCAUGGAUCAGAAAAUUCCAGUCCAUUAAUUAUGUUUGUAUCAGAACCUGAUCCCUAAAAUAUAUCCUUUUUUAUGCUGACAAACAGCA